AGCUGUUCCUGAGAACCAGACUGUGCAACAGUAUGUCAGAAUGCUCUCAAUAGUACAGCUGUAGAAGUUGAUCAGCAGCCUUAAGGUCCUCGGGAAGACGAGGCGUUGUUCUUCUUUGUUGACCAAGAGUGAGGUACCAAUAAGACCAGAACAGUGUAAUCAAUUAACUAAAUUUCAAAUAUGUUUCAAGGACAUAAAAACCUGAAUGACCUGCAAUAUUCUAUUAAACUCAGAUAAAACAGGUUCUAAUACUCUGCCCUAAACACCUUAGAGAUACAUUAUCUAAUGAUGCAGCUAUUCUAGAUCUUAUUGCCCUUGCUUCCAGUGGAACCGUCAGGAAUUUGAGAGUUAUCUUUGAUCCAGGUUUGUCCUUUGAUUCUCGAAACCUUUUCCACCAUAUUUCCUUCUCUCUCACUCACUCCCUCUUCCCACACACAGAACCUGCAUAAAAGGUUGAAGUAUGAAUAAAUAAUCAAUUUGCAGUUAUAAUUUGACAGUCAUAUCUCAAGCUCCACUUUCUAUAAAGCUCAAAAGAACUUUCUCACUCCACAGUUUUUGAAGAAAAGUUGGUCAGUACUUAGGCACUUGCAGAAAACUCAGUUAAGGAUCACUUAUUUUACAUUAUUGUUAAAAAGUAUACUCAUACACACACGUACUGGUAGAAUCAAUCUGUGUUCUCAACCUCCAUUGCACAACAUCCAGCUCAGCAGCUGAGGAGAAAGCAAGUCUCACACACACACAUGCACACACAAACGCACAACAGCUGAAGCGGGAAGAAGAAUUGGAUGACACACAAUGAGGGACAGAGGGAGGGACUGAAUUACCAUAGAAACUGGCCGGACUGUUCAGGGAAGCAGCAGAAAAGAGGUGAAAGCUGAAGUGGUCCUACUGUCAAGGUCACUAAUUGCGACUGAUAAAACCUGAUUACAGCUGAUGUGUGCUGACUAUUUUAUACAACCAGAAAAGGGUGAAUUUUACAGUUGCCGACAUGUACUGCAGUCAAAGCCUUUUGAAGUUUUUUUGUAUUUUCUUGUGAUUAUUCUGAUGGGUGACUGAUGUAACAGGAGCCAUAUGGAGUAAAAGUCAUCGCUGGCACAGGUAAACACCGACUCAUGGAUCUGAAAUCACCAGAAAAUCUACAGUAAAGGAUCACACAGAACUGACAAUAAACGGUACAGAGUACAAGGAUGAGAGAGAAGAAGUCUGACGGAACAACAAACAUACAAGCCACGGCCUCAUUCAACUUAUUCCUCACAUGAAAAUCCAUUUAUUCAUCAGAAUGUCAUCCAGUGGUGGGGUUCCUCUCAACAUUAGUGACUCAGUACUCCAUGGUGUUCUAAGUUCACCCUCACCCUCUUCUUCUCCCUCCACCACCCCUCCAUCUCCAUCCUGCAGCAUAGAUGAGUCCUACAAGUACAUUUUCCUCCCCAUCUGUUACUCUUUCACAUUCAUCUUCAGCAUUUUCCUUAACUCUGUUGUCCUCUACCGUUCCUUCCGUCAGACCAAACGCUGGAAUGCCUCUCUAAUCUACAUGGUCAACCUAGCCUCUACAGACUUCAUGUACGGCCUGUCACUGCCAUUCCUUGUGGCUAGUUACAUCAUGCAUGACCGUUGGGUCUUUGGGGACUUCAUGUGCCGCCUUGUCCGUUUUCUAUUUUACUUCAACCUCUACUGCUCCAUCUUCUUCCUCACUUGCAUCUCUGUCCACAGGUACCUCGGUAUCUGCCACCCAAUGAAAGUGAUCACACUGGAGACCAAGAAGGCUGUCAAGUACACUUGUGUUCUGGUUUGGAUUGUGGUUUUUGCUUUGACCUGCCCUAUAUUCCGGUUUGCUCAGACUGGUCAUGUGACAAGAUUGGGGGGGGCUGGCACCAAUGCAAGCAUAACUGAAGAGCCAAACUAUGAGAUAUCAGCUAUUAAUGGUAAUGCAAGCCAUGAUAACUUGGGAGGUGUCACUGAGGAAUACCAGAACUGUUGGGAUGAUGCCAUAGAUAAGGAGUUCCCUGAUUACAUACCCUAUGGCAUCAUACUCCAUUUGCUGGGCUUUUUUUUGCCUUUUUCUAUAAUUGCUUGGUGUUACUCUCAUGUUGUUCUAACCAUAUUUAGAACUCUGCAUUCGCGCCCCUCAUCCCACAGAGGCAAGAGAGAGGGAGGACACGAGGGAGUGGAGAGAAGAUGGAGAACAAACUUGGCAAUAGCUGGAAGAGAAAAAAGAGGAAGCAAUGAACUGUCAAGGACAGUUGGAAGAGAUGGAGGAAUUUCCAUUUUUCUUGGUGCCCACUCCCCAUAUGCCAAUCGCAGACGCAAAUCUAUCAGGACCAUUAUCACUAUCACUCUCCUCUUUGCUCUUUGUUUCCUCCCCUUUCAUGUCACCAAAACAAUUUUCCUCCUGUUGAAAGUGACAAAGAGAGUGCCCUGUCCUACCAUGACCAUGGUCUCCAUGUGCUAUAAGAUAACAAGGCCUUUGGCGUCAUUCAACGCUUGGCUUAACGCCCUCCUUUACUUCCUAACUAAAGACAAGGGGGGAGCUCACUGCUGCCAGACAGUAAACGGCAACACCCAGCAACAUGGCGGGCUUCUGUUACCACUGAAGAUGAUGAGAAAAGGAGAGAAUGCAGAGAAUGAGAUGGAAGACAUAAUGGACAAUAAGGAGAAUAAAGCAUUUAACAGUCCGUCAUACGUAAACAGAGCAAAAGUCACAUAUAUAGUUGAAUGA